AUGGCGAUGGAGUAUCGCAAUCCAAGUCAUCCGAAUCAUGAACUGGAGAUGAAGAAGUACCUGAAGCCUUAUACUUGUGAUGGCUGCAAGGAAACAGGCUUUGGGCCUCGCUACCGGUGCGAGAAGUGCGAUUUCGACCUUCACCAGGCCUGUAUGUUUCCACAAAUGUCAUCGUCGUCGCAUGAAUUUUUCUUGGGUUCCAUCUUUAAGUUCUUCAGAACCCCACCAAGAGCCUGCCAUGACAAAUGCAGAAGGAUGUGCGACGCUUGCAUAAAACCCAUCACAGGAUUUGUGUACCACUGUGAGAAAGACGACUUAGAUCUCCACCCCUGCUGCCGAAACCUGAACAGAAGUUACCGAAUCGAGGAUGUGGAGUUCAAUCUCCACAAGAAAGUCCGAGGAAAGUGCUUGUGGUGCAACAAGAAGAACAUCAAAGGGAGUAGCAACGACAAUGGGUGGUCCUACAUCUCUACAUGCGAGAAAUACCAUGUUCAUGUGGCUUGUGUCACCCAAAUGGCUUUAGAAGAAUGGCACAAGAGUGGAGGAGACUGCAUUGCUGACCAAGACCAGCCACUGGCUCUGGAGAAUGUGAAUCUGAAUGAAAUUCGAGCUCGAGGGCGCGGGGAUGGUGGAAACAAGUUCUGGAGAAUCUUCAAAGUAUUCAUCAAGACCAUUGUCAGUAUCGUUCUUGGAGAUCCCACCACCAUUCUCGCCUCCCUGUUUGUGGAACUCAUUGCACCGCCUUGAAAAUUCUUCGACUUCUCUUUUGCAUUUUCUUUCCCUCUGUUUUUAAUUUCAAAUUGUGUUUUUUUCCUUUUCUUUUAUUCCCCAAAGCAUGAUGUACAAGUGUACACAGGCGGUUGGGGUACUCAGUUUGAACUUUGAAGUUUGAUUGU